AUGAACAGCGCUAAUGCUGCUCAAAAUAAGCUGAAAGAGGCUCAAAGACAUAACGAAACUAUGGAAGCUAUUGCUACAGGCAACUACGACAUUAAUGAUGACGCAGACGACGACGAGGAUAAUGAGGACGCAGCCGAUGCAAACGACGACGAUGACAACGUUACUGAUCCCGACGUUGAUAAGGGUGACGCUGAUAAGGAUGAAGAUAACGCUCUCGUAGAAAAAAGAGAUAACGACACCAAGGACAAAGAGAACGGCGGGAAAGCAAAGGGACAGUUCAUGUUCAAUAUCUCUGACGGUGGUUUCACCGAGCUUUACACGUUGUGGCUCAAUGUGGAGAAGGCUGCGGUCUCAGGCCGCGAGUACGAAAUCUGGCACAGGCGACACGACUACUGGCCGGUAUCAUCACCCACGGCCAUGGUCGCAGGCAAGACAUCUAAAAUAACCAUUAUCAACGAGCCCUUCAAAAGGAUUUCGGCAAAGGCGAUUUGA